GCCGGCUGGGUGGCCCGACGGCCCCCGCCUCCCGCCGCGCCCCGCCCCGCCGCGGGCUAUAAGUUAACGCGGCCCGCGUGCCCGCCGCAGUGGUCCGCACCGCAGGGUCCCGACGCCGAGUGACCUUGGACGAGCCGCCGCCGCGCCUUGACCAUGGCCGAGGAUUUGGUCCUGGAGAGAUGUGACCUGGAGCUGGAGGCCAAUGGCCGCGACCACCACACGGCUGACCUGUGCCAGGAGAGGCUGGUGGUGCGGCGGGGCCAGGCCUUCUGGCUGACGCUGCACUUCGAGGGCCGCGGCUACGAGGCCGGAGUGGACAGCCUCACCUUCAGCGCGGUGACGGGCCCCGACCCCAGCGAGGAGGCGGGGACCAAGGCCCGCUUCCAGCUGUCGGACGCCCUGGAGGAGGGGGCCUGGAUGGCCUGUGUGGCGGACCAGCGGGACAGCACCCUCUCUCUGCACCUCAGCACCCCGGCCCACGCGCCCGUCGGCCUGUACCGCCUCAGUCUGGAGGCCUCCACCGGCUACCAGGGCUCCAGCUUCGUGCUGGGCCACUUCACCCUGCUUUUCAACGCCUGGUGCCCAGCGGAUGCCGUUUACCUGGACUCCGAGGAGGAGCGGCGGGAGUACGUGCUGACCCAGCAGGGCCUCAUCUACCAGGGCUCGGCCAAGUUCAUCAAGAGCAUCCCCUGGAACUUCGGGCAGUUUGAAGAUGGGAUCCUGGACAUCUGCCUGAUGCUGUUGGAUAUCAACCCCAAGUUCCUGAAUGACGCCGGCCGUGACUGCUCGCGCCGGAAGAGCCCCGUCUAUGUGGGCCGGGUGGUGAGCCGCAUGGUCAACUGCAAUGAUGACCAGGGCGUGCUUCUGGGACGCUGGGAUAACAACUACGGGGACGGCGUCAGCCCCAUGUUCUGGAUCGGCAGCGUGGACAUCCUGCGGCGCUGGAGGAGCCACGGCUGCCAGCACGUCAAGUACGGCCAGUGCUGGGUCUUCGCUGCCGUGGCCUGCACAGUGCUGCGCUGCCUCGGCGUCCCCACCCGGGUGGUCACCAACUACAACUCGGCCCACGACCAGAACAGCAACCUGCUCAUCGAGUACUUCCGCAACGAGCUCGGGGAGCUGGAGAGCCACAGGAGCGAGAUGAUCUGGAACUUCCACUGCUGGGUGGAGUCGUGGAUGACCAGGCCGGACCUGGAGGCCGGCUACGAGGGCUGGCAGGCGCUGGACCCCACGCCCCAGGAGAAGAGCGAAGGGACGUACUGCUGCGGCCCCGUCCCGGUGCGUGCCAUCAAGGAGGGUGACCUGAGCACCAAGUAUGACGCCCCUUUCGUCUUCGCCGAGGUCAACGCCGACGUGGUGGACUGGAUCCGGCAGGAAGACGGGUCCUUGCACAAGUCCGUCAACCAUUCCUUGGUGGUGGGGCUGAAGAUCAGCACGAAGAGCGUGGGCCGCGACGAGCGGGAGGACAUCACCCACACCUACAAAUACCCAGAGGGCUCCCCAGAGGAGAGGGAAGCCUUCACGAAGGCCAACCACCUGAACAAACUAGCUGAGAAGGAGGAGGCGAAGGAGACCGAGGUGGCCAUGCGGAUCCGCGUGGGCCAGAGCAUGAACAUGGGCAGCGACUUUGACGUCUUCGCCCACAUCACCAACAACACCCCCGAGAACCGCGAGUGCCGCCUCCUGCUCUGCGCCCGCACGGUCAGCUACAACGGGGUCCUGGGGCCUGAGUGUGGCUCCAAGAACCUGCCCGAUCUGACCCUGGAGCCCUUCUCAGAGAAGAGCAUCCCCCUGCCCAUCCUGUAUGAGAAGUACCGGGACUGCCUGACCGAGUCCAACCUCAUCAAGGUGCAGGGCCUCCUCAUCGAGCCCGCGGCCAACAGCUACCUGCUGGCCCAGAGGGACCUCUACCUGGAGAAUCCAGAAAUCAAGAUCCGGAUCCUGGGAGAGCCCAAGCAGAACCGCAAGCUGGUGGCCGAGGUGUCCCUAAGGAACCCGCUCACCGUGCCUCUGCUGGACUGCAUCUUCACCGUGGAGGGGGCCGGCCUGACGAAGCAGCAGAAGUCUGUGGAGGUCCCGGACCCCGUGGAACCGGGGGAGGUGGUCAAGGUGAGGGUGGACCUGCUGCCCAUCGACGUGGGCCUUCACAAGCUGGUGGUGAACUUCCAGUGUGACAAGCUGAAGGCCGUGAAGGGCUACCGGAAUGUCAUCAUUGGCGGCCCCUAGGGCCCCCUGCCCAGCCCACCUCAGCCUGCUGAGAGCCCUCAACCUGACUGUCUGUCCCAAGCUAAUGAGCAAACUUUGCCCCUUAGGGCAGGGCGGCCCCGGUGGGGCUUCUGGAAUGGAAUGCACGCCUGGCCCUCCUGGUCCCUCUGAGCCUAGUCCCCACCCACCCAUUCCCCUUAGCUGUGAGGGAUGUUCUGCGCCAACACAGUGGGAAUCCUGGCCUGGCCGAGGAGCUGGAGUGAGAGAGGGGGUCUCACACCUCCCUACCCAGACGCCUUUUGGAAAGUCACUGACCACCCGCCAUAUUGUUCGGUCUACUCCCUAGUUUCUCGGAGCAGGCAAAGAAGGGAUGGUGUGCCUGCCGGGUGGACCGAGGAACUGGGCUUCCUGUCCUGCACCUCUUCCCCGGCUGCACCCAGGCUCCCAGGGCUCCUGGGAGAGCCGGGGUCAGGCAGGGAACAGUCAGGCCGGGCCCACACCAUGCAGUCCUGCAUGCCCAUCGCGAGGCACCUGCUCGUGCUCCCUGGUGCCACGAGGCCAGCACCCAUUUAGUCACCACGAGCAGCUGCAGAGUGGGAACUGCCUUUGAGAUGAGGAGACUGAGGGUCCAAGAGGGAGGUGGCCCACUCAGUCCGGCCAGCUCAUGGUCACGUGUGAGGCUGGGGAUGCGGAGCUGGAGUCUGAGUCCUGUGACUUGGAGCCCAGCACCCCAUGGUGCCACCAGUCCUGACCCGGGAGUGCCAGUGGGGCUCCGUGGGAACCCAUCCUAAGGGCCCAGGUGGAGAGAGGAGGAGGAGUGGGUCCCCGGGGCUGGGGAGCUGGGAUCAGAGCCCUUACUUCAAGCUCGUCUGGCUAGACUUCCUCUUUCUGGGCCUCAGAUUCUUCAUUGAUCAGUAACUGAACAGCUCGUCUCCACGGGCCUCUGAGUCCUGCGCAUUGGAUGCCCACGUGGUCCUGCCUCGCGGAUGACCAAAGGGCCACUCCCUGCCCCACAAAGCUCAGGCCCAGGCCCAGGAUGUCUCUGACCAUGCCUACCAUCCUGUCCUCAGCCCUGUUCUCUGAGCCUAGUUCCCCACCUGCCCAAGUCCCAGUUCUAGGAGAGAAGAAUCCUGGCUGCCCCUGCCCUACCCAUGAACUUGCCCGCCUGGACUCCACGGGAGCCUUAACUGCCCAAGCUGGCCACUAACCAGCCCAGUCAGUGCCUUAGCCUCCCCUUGGCAGGGCCAGCUCCAUGGACACAGCCCUGCCCCCUGAGCCCAUGCUGGCCACUAACCAGCCCAGUCAGUGCCUUAGCCUCCCCUUGGCAGGGCCAGCACCCCGGACACAGCCCUGGCCCCCGAGGAAGCUUGCCCAUGAGUCGUCACCUCAGGGUUUAUCCUGGCUGCUUCUCCAUGACUGGGCCUCCUUCAGGGGGAAGGGUCUCUAUUGGAGGGGAGGUCACAGCCUCUAGGGCCCCCAAAAUCCCAGAGAAGGACUUGGGGGAAAUCACACUGAUGUAUUUAAAACUUUUUGCUUUGCAAAGGGAAGACUCGCCAAAGAGCCGCCGUGGGUCCUGUAUGAAUACAGCUCUGCUUCUCUACGGUGCCAUAAAGCUGGGGGUCCUAAGCAGGCAGCGGGCGUGCUUUCCAACCACAAGGCGCAAGCACAGAAAUAAAAGUUUAUUUUUCACACUCAAACGAAGACUGGCCUCGUGUUUC